UGUGCUGCGCCGGGUAUUUAUCAGAAGAGUCGUGACUGUCCCGUUUACACUGCUAGUUAGGUUGUCAGACGGUUCCUGUUGUUACCCAGUUUAUAACUUCAAGCCUGUGGCCUUUGCUGGGGUUUCGCUUAGUGUCAUUUAUUUGAGUCCAACAGCAGUAAUUCAUUUUGUAUAUUUAGUGUAUUUUAUAUUGUGUGAGACAGAAUGUCGGCCGAAUCUCCCGAAUACGCUCCGUUCUUCGCAGUGAUGGGCGCCUCUGCGGCCAUGGUGUUCAGCGCCUUGGGAGCAGCCUAUGGCACAGCCAAGAGCGGGACGGGGAUCGCCGCCAUGUCGGUGAUGAGGCCGGAGCUCAUCAUGAAGUCCAUCAUCCCCGUGGUCAUGGCGGGUAUCAUAGCCAUCUACGGCCUGGUAGUAGCAGUACUGAUUGCCAACAACAUCUCAGAGAGGGUCACCCUCUACAAGAGUUUCCUCCACCUGGGAGCUGGGCUGAGCGUGGGCCUCAGCGGGUUGGCGGCAGGCUUCGCAAUCGGCAUCGUGGGCGACGCGGGCGUGAGGGGCACGGCUCAGCAGCCGAGGCUUUUCGUGGGCAUGAUCCUCAUCUUGAUUUUCGCCGAGGUCUUGGGUCUCUACGGGCUCAUCGUUGCCCUCAUUCUCUCCACGAAAUAAACACCCAAACGUCUCCAAAUACAAGAUCUGUCCUUUUAUGUUGCUGCUGGAGAAAAAGUGUAAAACGGGGAAAAAUAUUUGUAAAAUUUCUUGUCACUCGAGAUGAAAGGAGUGAAGGCGAGGGGGGGGAAAAAAAGAUUUAAAAUGGCUACAUAAAUAUGGUCUUAUCUCAACAAUGUGUACAGUUGUCCCAAUUUGAUAGUCAACUUGUAAAUGCGCAACGUAGUGAUUUGUCUGUCUUGUGUGCGUGUGUUUAAAAAUUGUAUGAAGAUUCCUUUUUUCCCUCCACUUAUUUCAGGCCUCGAGGUGGCUUAGCCUCUGGUCUUAGAGAGCUGACCAGACAGGCUUUCUCUCCUCACGUAUCAGCUUGGGGAGUUGACACAAUUUCUGCAUUAAUCUUGAGGAUCUAUUUGUAAAGAGAAAUGUAUAUGGACUUACUUUUUUUUUUUUUUUUUUUUUUUUUCCCCUGAUUUUAUUUAUAAGAAAUUGUUCAUUGAAUGCAGCAAGUCUUUAAUUCCCCAGGAUAUAUUAUACAUAUAUACAGACAACUAAAUAUCUACAUAGAUAGAUUUAAUGCACUGUGGGUUAAUUGUGAUAAGUGGUUGGAAUUCCUCUGGAUGUAAUUCUUGGUUUAAUAAUUAAGAAUGCCUUUAGUAUGUUGCUGGUGAAGUGGGAGUUGUGUGUAGCUGUAUUCUAAUCAUUACGCAAACAUUCUCAAACUUCAGUGUUUUUCCUGUAGUACUGUUUGCAUUAAAGGUGUGUGCCCCGUGUUGGGUCUCACAAGUGUAAUUUCCAAAUUUUCAUCUCCUCUCCAUCUUGUUCACCCCCCCCCCCCCUCCUCCUCAUCUGUGGCUGUAAAUCAUCUCUUCCACAUUCCAGCCAUUAGGAUCCUGCAUGGGUUUCAGUGUUUUGUUGUUGGAUAUGAGGCUGAGGAGCAGGCUAGUUUCAGGAGACUUAAUCCAGAUCAAAGAGAUGGUUUAGUGGUGUAUUCUUCCUCCAAAAAAAACCAAGCUAAUCAAGUUUACAUGACGCAAAACUCUCAAUGGUAUCGUUUGUAGCAUGCAGCAGGAAUCCAGUGAGAUUAGUGUUCAAGUUCGGCCUAGUUUCAUGGACUGGUCCAAUUAGAUCUGGAGUUUGUUUUCUGAAAAUGGAACUGCUGCUACUAAAGCACCAAUCUACAAUCCUGUAUUACCACUGAUAUUGAAGUUAUCCUGAUGUGUCACAAUCAAAUUAAAGAUUCCAACUUAGUUCUGUCUUCAAACACUUCAGUAUUGUAUAUUUUAGUGACAUUCUAAUAUACAAUGGUGUCUAAAGCUGUAGUAAAAAGAAAUUAGCUGA